AUGAUUGAUCAAUGGUAUACGGCUAUUCACAAUCCAAAUAGUCCCUUGCGUCCCCCCCGACGGGGCCUUCAAGACAGAAGCCGCCCCUUGGCUAUCCGCCCCCGUUCAGAAAAUCCUUUGAUUGGCACUCCGGCCAACAAACCAAGGCCUAGAAAGGCAAUUAAAGCACCUCAGGCUCGGGUCAACAGCCUCGCGACAGGGGAUCCAAAUAACUGGAAGCCUCAUGGCGCCCCAGAUCGCAGCCCAACUGUUGACGUUUCGGUUCGGCCCCCCACGUCGAGCCACAAUGCCGACAACCAACAUGCCGAAGCCCAGCCGAUGUCUUUAGACUUCACAGGCCUGCAGGGCGAAAUCAAGAGAAUGGAUGCGGCAAGCCCUGCAACUAUUGUUGCCAAGCUCAACGAAGGAUGGGGAAGUUCCAACAGCCCCUUAAUGUACAAAGAACUCGAGAUGGAGAAGAGACGAUGGUUGCUCUCGGCUUUACGUAACCUGGACAAGGACCAGAAGAGGAAAGCCCCCUCGGUCGACUGUACAAAGGUUCUGGCGCUGUUCGAGUCAGAAGCAACUGCGUCAUAUCUGGCUACUCGUCACGCGGAGGUUAUUGUAACUCACAUUGCCCCCUCACCUCUGCCACUUGCACUUUUCCCAAACGUGGAACCAUUGUUCUCUUCAAUCAAUGCGACACCCCCAGUCGCACCAGACUCGUAUGCAUCAGUUUACUGCAUGUCUCUGCCAUCCAAAAUACCGAGUCGGGAGAUUCCUCAGCUGCUACAGAACAUCUACCGCUGUCUCGCUCCGAAUGGAGUGCUCCAUCUGGCCCUCAUCGACCCGACUCCCACCGCUGAAUCUGUCGGCCCUCGGAUGAGACAGUGGUUAGAGAAGAACUUGGUGGCAAAUCUGGAGCCACAAUACCAGUCAACCAGCAUUAUCAGGUUCUUCAACAAGUGGCUGGCGGACGCUGAACUACGUGGAUACGAUAGUAUCAAAACAACGGUGAAGUUUCGGGCCGUCCAUCGAGAGAAACCAGAUAACGCACCCAAUGCCGAGCUUCGAACCGCCCUUGGCAGAAAACUAUGGCAAGAUACUUGGGGGCCUUUCGUUCGUGGAAAUUUGUGGUGGUGGGACGACAAGAAAUGCGUUGAAGAAUGCGACGAAAUCGGCACCUACUGGAAGUACUGGCUGAUAGAGGCAGUCAAAGAGGUGGACUAA